AUGACGCGCGCUCAGCAGACCAUCAGCAUUGCGAUGCUCCUUACUUCUGUAUACCUUGCCCUGUUCCUCCAGGUCGUUCCCCUGCCCCAAAAGGUCCAGGAAGAGAUUAUACCAUAUAUUCCCUUCUGGGCUCUCAUCUCCUUUGGCGCCUACCUCCUCUUCAGCCUGGGCUGGGGUGUCUUUACCUUCAACGAUGUACCGGAAGCGCACGCCGAACUCAUGCAGCAAAUAGCAGAGGCACGCAAAGACCUUAGCGCAAAGGGCGUGGAUGUUGGCGAGGAUUAG